ACGACUGUUUUCUUUAGUGCAAUUGGGCUGUGAGUUUGAAUUUUUUUUAAAGCGAGUCAAAUACUGCAUGCUUUCUCUAUGUAUAACAACAGAAGUCUUUAUAUAUUUAGAUGUCUGUGAAAGAAAAAGUAAGAAGAGAAUAAAGGGUCAUAUAUGGAGGAUGUCAUGGGAAGAUCUGGUCAUGGAGCUCUGCUCAAGGAAGAUAAACCAGCUGGUGAUGAUGAUCAUCAUCAUGAAGGUGCCUGCAAAGAAGAGGCCACUGCUAAGGUAAUUCCUGCAAAGGAUAAGAAUGAAAGAUCCACCACGGAAACUGAUUCAAAGGCAUCAUCUUCUAUGCAAAAGGAACAAGAUAGUUCGCUUAAAGCAGUUAGAGCUGAAAUGGGAGAGGUGAGAGAAGAAAAUAAAAGGCUGAAAAUGCACUUGGGUCAAAUGAUGAAGGACUACCAAGCCCUUCAUAUGAAAUUCUAUGACAUUAUCCAACAAGAUGAAACAAAGAAAUCUACCUCUACAGUUGAUAACAGUCAUCAAGCAUUUGAAGAACCCGAGCUUGUUUCCCUUAGCCUAGGGAGAUUUUCAAGUGAAUCUAAAAAUGAUGGAAAAAGCAAAACUUACAGCCAUGGGAAAGAUGAAGAAGAUGAGAAAGCUAAUAAUGAAGGUGAUUUGUCUCUUCGACUAGACUGCAAGUUUGAAGUGUCCAAAUUUCGUAAUGCGAAUGAAACUUUGCCGAAUCCAAGUAGCCCUGUGAACAUUUUUAAAGAUAAACCAAAGGAAGAAGUUGAGGAAACUUGGCCGCCACCUAAGGUUCUUAAGACAAUGCCAAGUGGAGGAGAAGACGAAGUUGCGCAACAAUGCCCUCUCAAGAAAGCUAGGGUUUAUGUGAGAAUGAGAUGUGAUACCCCUACGAUGAAUGAUGGCUGCCAAUGGAGGAAAUAUGGACAGAAAAUUGCUAAAGGAAACCCAUGUCCACGAGCAUACUAUCGUUGCACUCUUGCAUCAUCUUGCCCAGUAAGAAAACAGGUUCAAAGAUGUGCUGAAGAUAUGUCUAUUUUAAUCACUAGCUAUGAAGGAACGCACAACCACCCACUUCCUCUUUCAGCCACGUUUAUGGCAUCCACCACUUCCUCUGCUGCUUCAAUGCUGUUGUCUGGGUCAUUAUCAUCCAGCUUUCGAACCAACCCCAACCCAUCAGCCACCUCCAGCUCUACUUCUGCUGACCUUCAUGGACUAAACUUUUAUCUGGCAAAAGACUCGAAUUCAAAUCAAUUCUACUUGCACAAUUCUUCACUUUCAGCUUCACCUUCGCACUCAACGAUCACUAUUGACCUAACUUCAAACCCCUCUUCAUCUCAAUUCAAUAGGUUUAAUUCAAGCUAUGCUCCAAACCCAAAAUUUGCUCCCGCUAGUCUUAACUUCAGCUCUUCUGAAUCAAAUGUGAUACCCUGGGGUAACGGUCUUCUCAUCCAUGGUAGUACAUCUCAACUCUAUAGCAGGAACCAACUUGGAAAGUUAAACCUUGGUGGUAGACCACCAAUGGAACAUAGCCUUUUUCAACCAUACAUGCAGCAGAAAACCCCAGUUACUAGUCAGCAGCCAUUACCAGAUACUAUAGCCGCCGCAACCAAGGCAAUUACAACAGAUCCAAGUUUUCAAUCAGCUUUAGUAGCUGCCCUCAAAUCCAUCAUUGGCAACGAGAGUGGCAGUGACAAUGGCGGCAGUAGUGAUGGUGCAAGUAUGGGCGGAGGGGAUCACUUAGCCCAGAAGUUGAAGUGGGGAGAGCACUUUCCUUUGGCUAGUGGUUACUUACACUUAUCAUCACCAACGCCUAAAGGUAAUAAAAUUGCAUGUACAACAAGCUACUUAAACAAAACGACUUCAGCAAAUUCUCAACCUGAAAGUAUGUUUCUGCCAACUUCAUUGCCUUUCCCUUCCCCUAAGAGCGCGUCUGCAUUUCCUGGGGACGACAGGGACCACUCCAAUUAAUACUUUAAUUUGUGAUUUUUUUUUUUUUCAUUUUUCUCAGUCUCUUCUAUAUAUAUUGUUGGUUUUAAGUUUUAACAUAAGAAGGUUGAACAUUUUAAAUCUUGAUUUUAAUAUGGAUGCUGGGUUUUAUAAUUAAUAUGAGACGGUUAUUAA